CAUAGUACUUACUUUAAACAAGAAAGGUUGUGUUUGACACUAUUUUGGUUGAGAACAAAGGCUGUUCAAACGUAUGGUUUCUUACAUUUCUGAUAAAUUGGAAGCAUGUUCAAAACUUUUGUUAUUAAUUGAGUGAUGACUGUCAAAGGCACCCAUGGCACAGAUAUUAAAGCUACUGCAGGUUGCUGGUAGUGCUUUGCCUCGAGUUGUACAGUGCAAUUUCAGGACCUCAGCAUGUCUAAGCGAGCUCCAGAAGUUGUCCACAGUUCAGGUGGUAGACAAUUCCAUCCUUGGACGAUCUGCUGUCAAACGUGGAAAAAAGGCCAAGAUCAUUCAUGUUUAUAAUAGUGCGGGUAUUGGGAAAAUUGGUGACAAAGUGUUACUCGCUAUUUGUGGUGAGAAAAAACAUGGCUACAUUGUAGGAUGUAAGCAGAAGCAAAAGCCUAACACGCCAAGGUUUGAUAAUAACAAUGUGGUACUAGUAGAGGAAAAUGGCACCCCCACUGGGACUAGAAUUCGAGUGCCCAUACCUUCGUGUUUACGAGGGAAGGAUGGAGAAUUCACCAAAAUUUUGUCUAUUGCUACAAAGUUUGUUUAAUCUCUUUUUUGUCAUAGUGAUAGGUCAUCUAAAAAGUACUAUUUGUCUAUAAUAAAUAAAUUCCCUUAAUCUGUUAGUAUUGAAAAACCUGCUGUGUGUAAUACAUACAGCUUAAUUUCAAUCAUUUGGGUAUUUGAGGAUUUUUAUUUUUUUUUUAAGAGACUUGUUCACAGUUUACCCAAAUUACAAUUUCUAGAAAACACGUCUUUGAUUAAAAAACAAAUGUUUGUAUUGUAAGCAAGCUAAAUAAUAUUGCAGACGAUGACACACACAUGCCUUAGAAAAAUGUGAAAGAUAUCAGAAUAAUCAUCAAUCAGAAUCAGCAAAAUAAUAAAGUGUUUUUUUAACCCUUUUCAUCGAUAAUAAUGAAAAUGCUUGUAUAACUUAAUUAUUGUUUAAAAUAUGUCCCCUAUAUCAAAAGCGUUUUUCUUGCUUUUAUAAUUAUUUUAGAUUAUUCUUAAUAUUAUAUUUGUGUUAAUAAAAACAUUUUAUGACACUUUCCAAACGCACAAAAAUCUGUGAACAAGUCCUUAAAGCUACUUGUUUUACAAAAUAUAAUUGCAACUGCACUUACUUAACUGCUUUGUCUUUCAAAGUUUGCAUAGGGACUGACAAACAUGUACAAUUUAUUAGCUGUCGUUUUCAUCUCGCAUAGUAAACAAUCAAAUGUAAUUAAAUUGGAAAAUAAAUAAAAUUGAAUAUAUAAAAUUUUCAGUGCUAGAUUUUCCCUGUUGUUUUUUGUGUAUCCAUGUAUUUAUUGAAAGUUAUGCUAUGGUUGUUCUGCAUACAUAAAAACUC